GGGCUGCGCUGGGCCGGAGCGGGGUUGUGCGCGCUGAGGAGGAGCCGCCGCCGCUGCCGCCGUCGCUGCCGCCGCCGCUACCGAGGCCGAGCGGAGCCGUUACUGUCCCGCCUGCCCCCGCCCCCAGCCUCCGGAGGAGUCCCGGGCCCGCCCGCUGGCGCACAGGAGAUUGAAGAUGAAAGACAAUGAAGGCAUAAUUGAGAGAACAAGAUCGAAGAAGAAAAAGGGGAUGGGAUCAAGGGCACAAGUAGAGAGGUUGAUCUUGACAGGAAGGACCACCUCUUCCCCAGAGUUUGAAGCAAAGCAGAUAUUUUAUAAAAUGUCUAAUGGUUAUGAAGAUCACAUGGCUGAAGAUUGCAGGGAUGAUAUCGGUAGAACGAAUUUAAUUGUCAACUACCUCCCUCAGAACAUGACACAGGAUGAAUUACGAAGUUUGUUUAGCAGUAUUGGUGAAGUUGAAUCUGCAAAACUUAUUCGUGAUAAAGUAGCAGGACACAGCUUAGGCUAUGGCUUUGUGAAUUACGUGACUGCAAAAGAUGCCGAAAGAGCAAUAAACACACUGAAUGGCCUGAGACUCCAGUCAAAAACCAUUAAGGUAUCCUAUGCUCGGCCAAGCUCAGAAGUUAUCAAAGAUGCCAAUUUGUAUAUUAGUGGACUCCCAAGGACAAUGACACAGAAAGAUGUGGAGGACAUGUUUUCACGAUUUGGACGCAUCAUCAACUCCCGUGUUCUUGUGGAUCAGACAACAGGUUUGUCCAGAGGGGUUGCAUUUAUCCGGUUUGACAAAAGAUCAGAAGCAGAAGAGGCAAUUACCAGUUUCAAUGGCCAUAAACCCCCAGGUUCUUCCGAACCCAUAACAGUGAAGUUUGCAGCCAACCCUAACCAGAAUAAAAAUGUGGCGCUGCUCUCUCAGCUGUAUCACUCACCAGCUAGACGAUUUGGAGGGCCAGUUCAUCAUCAGGCACAAAGAUUCAGAAAUGGCAUGUUGACUGAUCUCCCUAGCGGGCUGAGGAUUUUUCUUCAUGACUGUAAAUACCAGAAGUUCUCCCCUAUGGGUGUAGAUCACAUGACUGGGCUUUCUGGUGUAAAUGUCCCAGGAAACGCAUCUUCUGGCUGGUGCAUCUUCAUCUACAACCUUGGUCAAGAUGCUGAUGAGGGAAUCCUCUGGCAGAUGUUUGGCCCCUUUGGUGCGGUUACCAAUGUGAAAGUUAUUCGCGAUUUCAACACCAACAAGUGCAAAGGUUUUGGUUUUGUGACCAUGACAAACUAUGAAGAAGCCGCCAUGGCCAUAGCAAGUCUCAAUGGCUACCGCCUGGGGGACAAAAUCUUGCAGGUUUCCUUCAAAACCAACAAGGCCCACAAAUAACUCGCUCCCGCUGUUUGGUACGGAAUAGCUCACUCAGAGUGACACCAGUUGAAGCAUUUUUUUGUUAGUGUAAAACUCAUUUUGCGCCAAUUUUCACGUGUUUGUCUUAGUCUAAAUGAGAAAUGAAAAGGUUUUUUAUACUCUGGGAUGCAACUGACAUGUUCAAAUGUUUGAGAUCCCACAAUGUUAGACCAAUUUUAAGUUUCUUAAGUUAUUUCCUUUAAAAUAUAUAUGAAACAGAAAUCUUAGUAGACUGCAUUAACUAACCAGCCCCUCUGGAUGGUGGUAAAAUUGAAGCAUGCUUUAACUUAUAAGACUGUCUAACAUUUGUUUCAUUUAGUGUUUCCACAAACUGGAAAAACAAAUUCUUUUUCUUCUUAGUUGUUAAACUAAAGAUGUUAGACUGACGCUGAGUGUGCUUUUUCUCGAUAGCUUAAGCAUUUAAAAUGAUUGACGCCUUAGUUGACAGUAAAUUGCUUUCUGAAGCAGUUUUCAUUGCCACUUUUCUGUUGACCUAAUCUUCAGUUGGUUUUUUUUUUUUAAAGUGGUCUUGUAAGUAGUAGCAUGCCUGCCUGACUUUUAACACCAUUGGGGAGGUAAGUUGCACGCUGAGCUGUGGCCAAGCUGUCGAAAUUAAAGUACAAAGAUUUUUCAGAAGCCCGAGUUUGAGUAGGAAUGGACCAAAGAGUUUCAAA